AUGCCUUCCUCUCUCUUUUCUUUGGGCCUUGCCGCUCAUACCUACCGCAUUCGAACCCCCAAUAGCGCCAUCAUCAAGGCGAUUGUCGACGGAUCAUUCGAGGUCCCCAUUGCAAUGACUGCCUCCCAGAAUCCCGCCGAAAAGGUCGGAUCUGUCUCCAAGGCAGAUGCCAAGGACAACAUUAAGAUUGACGAUGUUGACGAUGCCAUGAGUAUCGACACCACUAUCGACAAUAGUGACAACACCGCUCCCCUUGGAAUCGCUCAAGUUGACUACGUCUCUUUCCCUGCCUUCGACGCCCAGAAUACGUCCAAUGACGCUGGUGUUGUCUCGGCCGACAAGUGCCAUCGCGGCCGCAAAGCUUCUGCCGACACCACCUCGUCGAAGAACUCAAAGUCCACUAUCGACAGCAUUUUCAGCAAGGACACUACUGAAACCCAAGAUACCAACUACUCCCAAUCGGAUUUCAUGAACAAAAACAUCAAGGGCGGUCAGCUUAUGACACGGGGGCAUUCCGACAACCGCGGUUCUUCCCGCGACACCGGCAGUUUAACUCAAGACGAAACUCGCGGCCCCACCGACUACCACUCCUUCCCGACGCUGCCGUCCGCACCUUCCCCAUCCGGCCCGCGCUCUCCGUCACUCGUUCAGUCCGAUCUCGCCAGCGAUACUGACAUCGACGCUUAUUCCAGCGUCGUUUACGCUAGUGACAACGACUACAACUCCGAUGCCGGCUCUACCACCGACUUGCACGACAACCUCGACAUCGUUCACACACUUGAUCGCGAAGAAUAUGGCUUGCAAUACGUUCUUCUCACGAAUUCCAAAUGGUACAUCUACCAUGAUCGUCGAAAGAUCUCCAGGAUGCUGCCUGACGAGCACGAGGACUUUCUCGCCUGGAUGGCCGACCCUGACGCGAAGCCGGCUACAACCAUCUCGGAUUAG